AAUCAAACAGUUCUAAUUUGCGUUGCAAGGUAUUUCGAGUAAACUACUCCCAAGCCUUUUCGAAAGUUGGUAACAAACGACUUCUUCUUCUUCAAGAACAACAUGGGUCCUGUGGAUGAUUCUGUAAGCCCCUGCGCAUCUCCCACAACUGGUUCCUGCAUCAUGUGCAGAUCCACUGGUGACUUGCUCCCCAUGACCGGAUUCGGUGAGCGGACAUCAAUCUGCUCCGACUCCUCGUUUUCCUCGCUAACAUCUGACACAUCCACUGAGUCUCUGGAGUCUCGUUCGUCCGACAUUGCACCAGCAAGCGACUCCUCCAGCGCCUCAGCACAGUCACCCCGUAGCAUCCUGAAGAGGAAAACCCACACAACCUCCAGACCGAAGCGUUCGCUGACCUUCCAUCCGAGCGUGCUCAUGUGGACUGCGGUACAACAGGGCAGAUUCGGAGAGCUGCAAGCUAUCCUGGAGGAUCUCGACAUCAGCGCUCUACGUGAACCCGAGGAGUUGGGUGUGAACCGGGCCAACCAUCAGGGAAUCACCCCGCUACAUUUGUGCUGCUUCUCCGGUGCGACAGAUUGCGUCGAGUUGCUUCUGGCGCAUGGCGCGUUUCCCAACCAGCCAGACAAAGAUGACUGGACACCAGUGCACGCUGCAGCCAUCAGCGGCCAUCAUCGUAUUCUGCGCCUGCUCAGCAAGGCCGGCGCUGAUCUGCAACACCGAGAUGCAUUCGGACGCACACCGGCUGAGAUCACUGAGAAUACAGUCACUAAGACCGUACUCAAGGAGCUUGUUGAGGCCCCGCAGACCAAGGCGAGAUGUACAGCCCUGUAAACAAGCCACUGGUUUGCUGGAUCCUAUUCUUGAACUAUCCUAACAAACCGGCACUCUACCCACACUGAAUUCUGCCUAUACUAUAGAUUCAUUUCUAUGCUUCUCCAUCGCGAAACAUGGUCUUGUAAAUUGAAUUAUUCCGUUCUAGACUAUGUGAACAACUCAUUACUUCAUAUCUUGGAUGUUCCGUUUUGUUGCCACUAUAAUAAUAACAUAUCGACCUUGAAAAAUCCUGACUCCUUUACAAGUUUUACUACCAAUACCAUUGACAGAUAUUCUAUCUAUAUUGAUCCACAUUCAAGCUGGAGAAUGUUUGGCCCCUUGCUGGGCACACCUAUA